AUGUCUGAAAAAAAUAUUAAGAAUCGAAAAAACCAGAUGAAUCCACACGCUUCUGGCAAAAAGAGUUUCGCUUUAGUCCGUAAUAAGCUGGAGAAAGAUAAGGAGACAGUAUCAUCUAAGGAUCUCUGUGUGUUUACAAGAACAAGAAAAUCCGAGCGUUUGUACAAGACUUCGAAUGAAAAUACUACUGGUAAAAUUGCUGAAAUGGAGGAGAUUGAAAAACAAAUGAGCAUAAAUGAUGAGUAUGUUGAUGCAUUUUCAAGCGUCAUGGGUCCUGAACAUCCGGGAUGUAAAAUGGAGAAACAAAUGGAGGAACAAAAGAAAACAGGGAGACAAGAAGUUAUUGCAGAUGUAAUUGCACAACUUAAGCAUGCGGGAUUAAUUGAUCCUAACAUACUGAAAAUGGAGAAACAAAUGGAGGAACAAAAGAAAACAGUGAGACAAGAAGUUAUUGCAGAUGUAAUUGCACAACUUAAGCAUGCGGGAUUAAUUGAUCCUAACAUACUGGCAACAUUGUCCAUUCCUUCCCCAAGAGAAUCUACUUCUAUUCAAGGGGCUGAGCAAGGUGAUGAAAUCGAAAAAGGUGAUGAAAGAUGUAGUGAAGACCUGACAUAG